UAGAUCAGCCACGCCCUGAUUUUGAGAGUAAUGGAGAUGUUGCUCUUGUUCCUUGUCUCUGCUUUGCUUGCUCAAGAAUUAGAUGCGCAGGGAGGUCCACCUACUAAUCUUCCUAGUAAUGGUGUACAGCUUUAUUUACCAUAUGAGAACAGAACACUGCCUGAUUACUCUACUGUAAGAGGCGACCUGUUUUUUAACGACGAUACCAAUGGAGAUGGCAUUAAUGAUGCUUUGUGGUGCCAAAGUGCUAAUUCUCGUUCUGAUAUUGGAACGUGGUAUUUUCCUGAUGGAACUAGUCCAGUUCCUGUAAUAAGCUCUAAUAAGAAACUAAAUAGUAUGUCAAUUUCUGAUGCUGUUUUCAGUAAGAGGUUUUCUGGUCAGAUUGCACUAGUAAUUAAUAGAGGAUUAGCUACUAAUCAAGGUUUAUACAAGUGUAUCAUUCCUGAUGAGAAUGAAGUCGAUCAAACACUAGUGGUUGGAGCAUAUACUGACACUGAAUACAAUACUAAUGUAAAUGGACCAAUUUCCAUUACUGGUGUAACAGUAACAGUGAGACUGAGAGAAGCUGGUAACUACCAGUGUAUUGUGUCCAAUUACAGAGUUACUAAUGGUAGCAUUAAUGGUUUUAUUGCUAACAAUGGCACCACCUCACUAAAUAUAUCAGUAUCUGAUCCAACUGGUUUAACUGCUACAAGAUUAAAUACUGGUCUAACUCAUGUAAGACUUUCCUGGUCUACUGUAUCAGGAGCUACUGGUUAUGAGGUCUUCUAUCAACUCUCUAACAAUGAUUCCAAUAGUAUAGACACUACUACCAAUACAUCAUUUGAUAUAACAACUAUCUUGAUGCUUGGAAAUAUUUAUACUUUUUAUGUGGUUUCUUAUGUUGAUACUGAUGCUUUUCUACCUAGUGAGAAUUCAUCGGCAAUAAUAUUACUUGAUAAUCCUGAGGUUACUGAUCUGAUGGCUAUUGAUAUUACCAGCACAUCAUUUAGUUUGUCAUGGAGUCCACCUGCUGAUAUUUUCCCACCAAACAAUUUUAAUAUUCAGUUUGAGUGUCAUCGACUUUGUGAACUGUCAUCUUCUAUUGCUGCUACUCAAGCAUUUGUUUCAUCACCCUAUGUAUUUAAUAAUAUUUCUCCAUACAGUAACUGUGCUAUUGAUUUAAUUGGUCUAUAUGAUGAAGGGAACUACACAUUAACAAAUGCAUCAGUUCAAACUCUUUCAACUGUGCCUAGUACAUCAGUGAGUAACAUUAUGUUUGCAUCAGUGAGUUCAGUGUCAAUGAAUGUCUCAUGGAGUGAAGUACCUUGUGAUGGAAGGAAUGGACCAAUCACUGGAUACUACCUCACAUACAAUUCAAACAUUGUUAAUAUCACUGAAGGAGACAAAAGAACACAUAUUUUCAGAGAUUUGUCACCAUACACUAACUAUACUAUGAGUAUAGUGCCAUAUAAUGCUGUUGGAAUGGGACCACCCAGUGAUAAUGUCACACAACAAACACUGGAAUCAACACCUAGUGCCAUUAAUGGUCUAAUGAUGAAUGACUUUAGUCCAUAUUUGUUGUCCAUGGUAUGGAAUCCUCCUACAAUACCUAAUGUUCCAUCAGUACAAGGUUUAAUGGUGAUUCCUCUUAAUGCUAGCUCAGUUCAUGUUUCAUGGGUGUUGCCAGACAUCUCACCAAUAUCAUACUAUACCCUCUAUUACAAUAAGUCUACUGAUGACGUCUUUUCUGUCAAUGUAUCAAACACUUCAACCCAUGCAGUAGUAACAGGGCUCACUGGUAGCAGUACAGAGUAUGGGUUUAGAAUAUCUGUGACUAUAGGAGAUUUUGAAGGACAAUUAUCAGAAUUAGUACAACCAGUUUUGCUUCCACCAAAUGUCAUUAUUGUUGCUAAUGGAACACAAAGUAUUGGAGAAAGCUACAAUAUGACUUGCAUUGUGAGUGUAUUGGACUUACUGAUACCCAGUACUAUAAUACAGUGGAGCAAGACGCCACCUAAUGAUACACUACCAUCACUGAGUAAUGGUGAAACUACUUCAAUACAUUACAUUAAAUCAUUGAACACUUCUGAUGCUGGACAAUACACAUGCACAGCUACUGUAUCACUGACAGAUAUUGCGAUUGAAACCCAACGCAUUGAUAGUCACACAAUAACAUUAAAACUACCUACACCUACUGUCAAUCUUAGUUUUUCAAGAGUAACUGAUCUCUUAGCUGGUAGCAGCCUCAACUUGACAUGCAGUUUUUCAUUAGAUCCCAGAAUUGAUACACCAGUCACCAUAAUGACAGUAUGGACACGAGGCAGUAAUUUAUUCAGUGCUAAUGAGAGAGUCAUCAUUGAUAACUCUAGUUCACUCCAGUCUGUAGUUUACUUUACAUUACUCAGUGCAAAUGAUACUGGAUAUUAUCAAUGUAAAGUAGAUUUCAUUCCUGUCUCAAAUUUUGUGACUAAUUCCUCUAAUGUAAGCAGUACAAUUUAUCUUAAUGUAACAGAUCCAGUCAUUAGCAAUUUUGAUCUUUUCCCCAAUUCUUUUCUGGGUCUUGAAACAUCAUGCCCUGAAUCAGAUCCAUAUGAUAACUUCACACUGACUUGCACUGCUACUAAACCAGCCAUUGUGCUAUCAGAAUUGAUGCUAGUGUGGACUCAUAAUGGAGCAGGGAGAGAUGGAAUAAUUGCAACUACUGGAAGUUCUAAUAAUAUCAAAACUAAUACGUUGACUGUAUCAAAUACCAGUAUUAAUGAUGCUGGAUAUUACAGAUGUAAUGCUACUUUGAAUGUACCAUCUAAUGUUAUCAGUGAGUAUGACGACAGCAUUGUGACUAUUAAAUCUGCUAGACCACCCAUUGCAGUGCAAGUUGUUAACGUAUCGAAAACCGACACAACUGCCAUUAUUAGCUUUACUGUCCCAUCAAUAAUCUACACACCAGAAACUUAUCACAUUAGCUACACAGGAAUGCCUUUACAGAAUACACUUGCUAAUUCUUCAAUGCUUUAUAGUUCUAAUAUCAAUGAUGUUAAUGUUGCUCAUCAAAUUGUGCUCACUGGUCUAGAAGAGGCUAAUGAUUACUCAUUUACUAUAGUCUCUACUAAUUGUAUCGGGUCAACUAAUACUUCAUUUAAUAACUUCACUACAUCACCAAAUUUACCUACGGGUGCUCCUCUAAAUUGUACUGUUAGCAAUAUAGAAUCUGAUGCUGUUGAUCUUUACUGGAGCCCUCCUGAUAAACUAUUGCAAAAUGGUCGAAUAAUGAGCUACAAUGUUUCAUGCUCUUUUGUUGGUAAUAAUUCCUUUGAUACAGUGGAUACAGAAUUGUUUAUCUCUGACCUUGAUCCCUAUACCACUUAUACUUGUAAUGUAUCAGCUGUUAAUAAGGUAGGUGGUGGGCCUGCUACAACAUGCUCCUUUACUACUGGACAAGAUAUACCUUUUGAUGGUCCACGGAAUUUCAUUUCAACCCCCAAUAAAACUUUUAUAUUUUUUCAUUGGAUGGCACCUGAACUUCCCAAUGGUGUUAUUAUUCAUUAUAAUUUAACUGUUACUAAUCUGGAUAGAGCAAAUACUACAGUCUCUAUCAUUAAUGUUACCGAUAGUAGUGACAUUAUUGAGAGUCUCAUUACUGGCUUCAGUCCAUAUCAGAAUUACACUGCUAGCGUCAGUGCUAGUACAAUCAUUGGAACUGGACCAGUGACUACUACUGAAGGAAGGACAUUACCAGAUGUAUCGUCCCCUGUAUUACUAGUAACAAUACCUGUGAUUAUAUCUGGUGUAUAUAUUACAAAGUCAGUGCCAAGCAUCAAUGAUACAGCUGUUAAUAUAACAUGGAGACCUCCACUAUACCCCAAUGGGCGAAUCACUGGUUAUAAUGUCACAAAUGAUAAUAAUGGAAGAUCAUACUGGAUACCUAUGAUGAGUGUGGAAUCAGUUUAUUCAUACACUAUCACUGAAUUAAACAUUGGAGAGUUGUAUAAUUUUACUAUAAGAGCAUUCAAUGAUUUAGGAGGAGGAGAAUCAGCAAGUGUUUCAGCAUUCAGCAAACCAGAUGCUCUUUCUCUGUCUCCCGAAAGAGUAGAGGCUAUUUUAUCGCAUGAUAAAACCACUAUCACUGUUAACUGGGAUAGUAAAACAUUUGAUGGAGUUGGUGCAUUCUUUGCUUACAAAGUGACCGCCACAACCACUUCAACUCGAAAGAGACAGUCAGGCAGCCCCAUUGAGAUGAUAGUACCUUACAAUACCACAUCAGUGUCAUUAACUGGAGUUAAUCCUAAUCUUACGUACCAGAUAACAGUCUCUUAUAUUACGUAUAGUCAGGAUGGGAGUGAGAUUACUGGCCCUGCUAGUAAUCCAGUGACACCAGUUAAUGCAGUGUCAUCAAGCACCAGCUCUAUACAGACUAUGCUUAAUACAGCGUCAUCAAGUACCAGCUCUAUGCAGACUAUCCUCAGUACUACUAGUGUUACUAGUUCACCUACUCUUACUCCUACACUAUUUGAAGAAGCUAAAAAUAGCCCUUAUAUAAUUGGAGCAGCCAUUGGUGGGAUAUUAGUAGUGUUUAUCAUCUUGAUUAUCAUAGUACUUUUUGGUACAGUUAUACAUAAGAGGAGACACACCACAGGGAAACUGACCUUAUCUACAACAAAUGACCCAAUAAUCACAGCUAACAACGAAUCAUAUGAACUCACUGCCCCUCCACCGAGAUAUGAUGAGCUAACAGAUGCAGGAAGAUCAGAGCAUUUAACUGAUGAAGAGAUGAUUGGUGUACUAUUGGAAACUGAGGUAUCAAUAAGACAAGCACUUAAUGCCCAGCCAGUGCAUUUGAAUGAUGAUAUACUUGAUGAUGAGGAUGAAGAGCAAGAGAUAGCAGAAGAACCUGUGUAUGUGAAUAUUGGGGAUCACAAUGAAUUCAAGCCCAUACAUGUCUCAGUGUUUCAUUCUCAUGUACUGGAGAUGCAUAGUAAUAGUGACCAGGAAUUUGAUAAUGAAUUCAAGUCUAUCUCUAUGACUUCUGGAGCUCCUUACACUGCCGGUAGCUCAGAAGCUAAUAUUCCAAAGAACAGGUUCCUCAAUAUAUUCCCAUAUGAUGCAACACGAGUGGCUCUUACUACUAAAAGAGACUCUGAUUAUAUUAAUGCUUGCUUUGUUGAUGGAUAUGCAAGAAAAAACUGCUACAUUGCUGCACAAGGUCCUUUACGUAGAACAGUUGAUGACUUCUGGCACAUGAUCUGGGAACACAAACUCAACCAUAUUGUUAUGCUGACUGGCAUCAUAGAGGCAGGAAAAGUAAUGCAUUAUAGUAAUUGA